AUGAAGCAAGCAGUCGUUGCAGUUUUUACCAUCUUGGUUUUAAUGGGUGCAAUUGUACAUAGAGGUGAAUCAUACAUCAGGGCGGGAAGAGAUAUGAUAAACAACAGGCAAGGACAGCCAAUAGCAUUUGCAGAAGAUUACUAUGACAAACCAGUUGUGGCUGCCCCCCGUGCUCCAGCUUUGAAGAGAGGUUAGUGAGUCUCUUUACUACUGGAAAGUAGGGGCUGAUCAGCGAAUUCUUGAUGGGGGAAGGGAGUUCUAUUUCUCUCUUUCUCUUUCAGCACUCAGAGGUGGCAUUUCUAUUAGUUCUUCUAAGAAAGAUAAGAAAGUGCUGUUGAGGCAAACGUAAUUGCAAACGAGACGUCUUUUAUAUUUUCAGUUUUAUUUGUGUACAUCACUGGCCAGUUUGGUUAAAAUCCUGUUUUAAUUUUUAAAAAUAUCGUUACAAAAUUGUUCUUAUUUCUUCACAGGGUUUGCCAUGAUACAAAAGAAACGGGAAUACAAAUUGAGGCGUGAAUGA